UACUUCAUUCAUAUUAUUAACUUAGACAGAGUAGUCGUGAAGAAGAGCGCGAUUUUUUGAUUGAAAAUGAUGAAUUUCAAGAGCUCGGAGUCUGUGGAAGUGGUGUGGUUUUGUUGUUUGAUUCUCUCUUGUGUUGUAUCCACAAUGGGAGAUUCCUCGUCGCAGCUUAUGGUUGGUUACUAUAGUGGAAGCUGUCCGGCGGCAGAGGUCAUUGUUAGAAAUGUGGUGAACAAAGCGGCGUCGCAGAAUCCAGGCAUUGCUGCUGGCCUCAUUCGGCUGCAUUUCCAUGACUGCUUUGUCAGGGGUUGUGAUGGUUCAGUUCUAUUGAAUUCAACACCGGGAAUACCAUCUGAGAAAUCACAUCCAGCUAAUAAUCCGAGUCUAAAAGGUUUUGAAGUAAUUGAUGAGGCCAAGUCUAAGCUCGAAACUAUGUGUCCCAACGUAGUGUCAUGUUCAGAUAUACUAGCUUUUGCUGCCCGCGACAGUGUUUUUAAAGCGGGAGGCAUCAAUUAUGCAGUUCCUUCAGGCCGUCGUGAUGGACGUGUUUCACUAUUCGACGAAGUCACACAAAAUCUCCCUCCACCUUCAUUUGACGCCAAGCAACUUGUAGACAACUUUGCACGGAAAGGGUUGUCAUUAGACGAAAUGGUCACGCUCUCUGGCGCUCACUCUAUUGGUGUCUCACAUUGUAGCUCAUUUUCAAAUCGUCUCUACAAUUUUAACGCGACACAUCCCCAAGACCCGUCCAUGGACCCGAAAUAUGCUGCAUUGCUGAAGAACAAGUGUCCCCAAACAAGCUCCCAAGAUCCUACUGUGAGCCUUGAUUCUCUGACACCCGGACGCUUGGACAAUCAGUAUUAUGUGGGGCUGAGAAACAGAAGAGGCUUAUUGACUUCUGAUCAGACAUUGUUAACGAGCCCUUUGACAUCUAGGAAUGCAUGGAACAAUGCUAGGUUUGGAUCGAAUUGGGACGCUAAAUUUGCUGCUGCAAUGGUGCGCAUGGGCUCUAUCGAAGUCCUUACAGGGACACAAGGGGAGAUUAGGAAGAUCUGUUCUGCUGUCAACUAAUUUUUUUGUGAUUAUUCUCCUACUGUCUCAUAAUUAUUUUUCUUUUGUUUAACAUUUUUGGUAAUGAUUUCCGUCGAAAAUUGUGCAAUUGUGAAUCAAAUUUUUUUGGUGAAUGUAACGGUCCUUGUGAAAACGGUGCAAUUGCACCUACUUGCAUGAUAUUGAGAAGUGUAUUUUGGUUA